AAUGACAGUUUCUCUCGAUGCGCGGACGAUCGUUUCCAUUCAGCUCAAAGCAACAAAAAGAAAAAUUUUGCAAUUUGUUUUGAAAAUUAGCUAUUUUUGCUAAUUUCCUAUUCGGUUUGUGGAAAAACGAAGUGAAAAUCUUUGCACUUGGGCUUCAUUUCAAAGUGAUCGAACUAUGCGAAGUAAAGUGCAAACCGUAUGCUGAUUAAUCAGGAAAAAAGAACUGUGUGAUACCAUUCUAUUUACAUACUCAAACAUCAACACUGAAAAUAUGAGAAAAUGUUCGACCGACCAAGAUGUCGUGACUGGAGUCCGCUGUCUACUCAACAACUACGGCUACGAAGUUUGAUACAAAUCUCCGGACACAACAUCACGUGCGACCAUCCAAAAUGCAGUGUGUACUUCACUCUGCAUACGACAACCAUGUCGGCUCCAUUCUACACUAGCGAAAAACUGGAUAUCCACACCAACAUCAUAUGGCCUGAAAUAAACUGCCCGGUGGCAGUGAAAUCCUCGUUACGCUGUGCCUGUAUCCGAGUAUGGCAACAUAAUCCUCGAAGUCAUGACCAAGCUGGGCAUGCAGCGGGAGACGAAACCGAUAGUGGUUCGGAAAACGAAGAUAAGCUCUUAUUUCUGUGGGGUGUCUAUUUCUCCGGUUUGGUUCCGUUGGCAAGACGCAGCGAGAAGCGGCUUAAGGAGAACACGCUAGUUUUUCAAAUGCAUGGCGGUUACUUCACAUCGGCCGAGUACAUUUUGGACGGUGAUGAACAAAAUCGCUCGAUAUCGUCGGUGCCUACAGCGAAAACACCAACGACCAUCAAUGAUGGUAAUCAUUUAGGCUUACUUCCUGUUAAAAAUGAUCCGCUCUGUGAUAAUAGUAAUAGUUCUCCUAGUUGGUAUUCUCCUAGUAGUGCGUUGAACGUGGAAUGUAAAAUGUCGAAAGUCGGAAGUAGCAUAUCGUCAUCUCCUUCGUUUGUCCGCUCAAACUCUCCAGAUGAGCAAUCACUGUUCAUGAUUAGAGCAACUGUUAGUCCGACUCCAACAGAAGUUGAAACAAACUUAAAAAUUCGUUAUCUAUUCAUGGAAUUCUUCAAAUCCGAAGUCAGAAACAGCUAUGAUGCCAAACGGCUACUGGCAGUUCAAGAACGGCAACGAAGAAUAAGAUACGAGAGCGAAAGUGCGAAAGAAAUAACGGAUCGUAUCUGUAUGAAGAGUGCGUACUGUCUCAAUUUGGAACUAUUCUCAGACAAACAGUUGGUGUAUCGUUCUUCGACAAGCUCCUAUCAAAACCGAAGUGGCAUGGGCAGACAGCUGAGUCGUUUGCUCUACCAAGAAAAGGAACCGCUGAAACCAGAGAUCUUACUAAAGGCACAAGAACUGCGCCGACAAGUCGAGCGGGCUCGAUUCCGGUGCCGCAUAUUGGCACAGGAAAAGGAACGCAUAAGGGGCAGCAUUCGACAGCUUCAGCUAAAAUUGAAUCAAAUGACCGACAGAAACAUCGAAACCGAAUCAGCGCUUAUGGAAUGCUAUCGGAACUAUGGGAAAGAGAAAGAGGUCCUGUACCACCAAAAGUUGGCAUAUGCAAACGAGAAGGAGUGCUAUCAAGAUUUGAGAGAAAAGGUGCUUAUCGCUAGGCAUCGUCUGCUGAGUGGGAUGAACGAAAUCUACUGCAUAAAGAAGAAGAAGAAUGGAACUUGUACAGUAAAUGACAUUGCUCUACCAAAUGCUGAAUCAUAUACAGAUGCAACCCCGGCGCUGGCGCUAAGCGUUGCCUUAGGCUAUGUAGCACAUGCUGUGAUGAUGUGUUCUUCAAUACUGAAUAUUCCACUGAGGAAUCCUAUCAAAUAUGAAGGAUCGCGAUCGAAGAUGAUCGACUGUAUCAAAGUGCUACCAACAACUGACCGAGAGUUUCCACUCUACAGUCGAUCGGGACCACCGACCAAUGCGUUGCUGUACGCUGUGUUUCUCCUCAAUCAGAACAUUUCCCAACUCAAAUAUUAUCUGUGUCUAAGUCGCGGAGAUCCCCGUGCGACGUUGGCUAACCUAUACGACAUUCUGAGUGUUCCUUCAAUCAAUGUAACGAGUCGAAGCAUCGAGGAACCCUUUCAGGCUGUUCAGUCAAACAUAUCUGGUUCAUCUUCGGUGGAGUUGGAUGUAUCUGAUGCUUUCAAUCAGUUUUCGGUUACGGAUUUGAAAGAAACCAAAACUGUUCAGAGAAUAUCCCGUUCCGUGGAUACGUAUAACGAUUCAAGAAAAGAAGAUGAAAAACGGAACGGUAAGUUUGCUUCGGAUCCCAUUUUAGCACAGGGGCAACUGCAAGUGACCGGUUUCGAUAAGAAGAGUUUCUGAAACGGUUACUCGAUUCAGAUAAUGUAUAGUUUGACUACUGUAAACUUAAUUCUCCUUGUAUUACGUGGAGAAUCCUCGUUCGGCGAAUUUAAUAAUCGGACUUUAUUUAUUUAAAAUUAUGCAUUCAAAAUCUUCGGGAAAAUGUAGAUGUGCUAGCUAUUGUGAGACGUUUAAAUAUAAGUAGUCCAAACUGUA